AACGGUGGUAUCUAAAUUGCUUGUGGUUGAUAAAGCCAGUGAACAUGCCAUCAGAUUUUAUCUGGCUUCGCUAAAGUGUUCACAGAACCGAUCAACUCACCAAAUUCACUUUCAUGGGGGAUUAUCAUGUUCAAAUGCACUGUUUCACUCCUAGCAUUAUUGGUCCUAUUCGUUGCCGCUUGCGCCAAAAUCGACUAUAUCGGGCAGUCUUAUCAGCCUACCACCCAUGUGGAUCUUUACUUUUCAGAAGAGGAUAUAAGGGAAGAUUAUCGGGUGAUGGGACAUGUUAUUGCACAAGCGAAUGAAGGCAUCAGCAUAGAAAAUUUACAAAAACAGUUAGAAGCGAAGGCACGCGAGAAGGGUGCUGAUGGAAUCGUUAUUCACGGAUUCGAUCGGAUACAGACAGGAGAAACAACCACAUACAACGAGGAAGCAAAACGGGGAGAAAAGAAACGCAGCAUAGCCUCUAUCACCAUCACAAGUGCCGAUGAGGAAAGACAGAUUAAAGCAAUUUUUAUCAAAUACGAGCAGAAUCUAUAAGAGCCUGUUUGAAAAGUCAUUUUGGGUAAAGUUAUUUGCCCUGAACCCGAGUUUUUUCUUCAAAACUCGGGUUCUUCCGCAAUCCAGGAAGGCGUACACUAUUCAACGGCAUAUUAUCCCUAUAUUUCAGGAAACCGUGUCAGAUUAAUGGUAGGGGCGAGGUUCCCUCGCCCAACGGGUUGGGAGACUCAACCCCUAUCCCCCCAAUGCCGCUCGCUGUGGAUUGACAAAUCCACAGCACCGCGGGAUCAUUCCUUGCUUUUUAAAACAGGUUCUAA